GAUCAAGAAUGGUUCGCGUGCGGAGAUCGGCUUCUGAUAAUGAAUGCCCAAUAUGUAUGGAUCCGGCAAAGUUUGCUGUGGAAACUAAUUGUGGGCAUAUGUACUGCUCAAAAUGCAUUAUCCAGAAUUGGAGAACCAACUUCACAAUGUCACCCAUGAGUUGUCCAUUUUGUAGACAGGAGGUGACCAUACUUUUGCCAUGUUUCUCAGAAGGAGAGACAAAUACAGCAGAACUUGCUGAAAUACAAGAGAAGGAAAGGCAAGUGUCUGACAUUCAGGAGUACAACAGGAUGUAUUCAGAACAUCCCAGAUCACUCUACGGCCAGCUUCAGGACCUCCCAACAACCCUACGGCACAUCUGGGCGGAAUUGUUCACUUGGCGUGGUGUAGAGAUGAUCUCCCGCUUCAGAGUUUUGAUAUGCAUAGUCACAGCUAUCAUUUAUGCCAUCAUGCCCAUUGAUCUCAUCCCUGAAGCCUUUGUUGGUCUCUUAGGGCUCAUAGAUGAUGUAAUAGUCAUAGCUUUCUUGUUAAUACAAGUCAGUGUUGUUUAUCGCACUGUAGUGGCCAAUAGAGAUUGGUAAUUGAUCAUAUUAGCAUAAAAAAGAUAUUUUUUGGAUUUGAAUGAGCUUUAAUGUCUAUAUUAAUGUAUAUACAAUGCAUAUUAACAACAAGGAAGGAAACUUAGUUUUUCUUAUUAUGUUUGAGUGCCUUUAAUUUUCUCCUCUUAAGUUUUUUUAUCAGUAGGGUGAUUUUAUUCAUGAAAACUGGGAAAAUACUUGGUUAGUUUGA